AUGUCGGCGAUACUCGCGUCGAUCGAAGAAGAAGAAGAAGAAGAAUGCGCUCACGUCGUGUAUUCAGUGGAGAAUUUGCCUACGUCGUUCGAGUCGGCGAUGGAAUCCAGCGACGCAAGAAAGUGGAUCGAAGCGUGCGACUCCGAGUUUGAGUCGCUCUGCAAGAACGAGACGUGGGAGCUCGUGCCAUUGCCACAUGGUCGCAAGGCCAUCAGCAGCAAGUGGGUGCUCAAGGUAAAGGAGACCGUCGAAGGCCUCAUCGAGCGAUACAAGGCGCGUCUCGUCGCAAAGGGUUUCCUGAAGAAGUACGGCGUGGACUUCGAAGAGGCGUUUGCGCCAGUGGCCAAGUUCACGUCGAUCCGGAUCAUCUUGAGCAUCGCGGCCCGGUACAAGCUUGUGCUGCACCAGAUGGAUGUCAAGACGGCGUUCCUGAACGUUCUGCUCGAAGAAGAGAUCUACAUGAAGCAACCCGAAGGAUUUGUCGACCCCAAGAAUCCCGACCUUGUGUGCAAGCUCAAGCGCGCGUUGUACGGUCUCAAGCAGUCGCCUCGCAUGUGGAAUCAGACCAUCAACGAGUUUAUGCGCAAGAUCGGUUUCACCAAGUGCGAGAUGGAUCACUACGUGUACGUCAAGCGUGACGACAAGGCCAUGAUGUUUGUGGUGGUCUACGUCGACGAUCUCAUCCUCGCGUGCAACGACAUGAAUCUGCUCGAAGCGACCAAUCGUGCGUUGAGUGAGAGCUUUGAGAUGUCCGACCUCGGUGAAAUCAAGUACUGCAUCGGCAUGGAAGUCGAGCGUGAUGACAAGUCAGGCGACGUGUUGAUAAAACAAACCAAGUUCGUGCACUCGAUCUUGACUAAAUUCGGCAUGCAAGACUUCAAGCUCGUGAAGACACCUAAAGACCCUGGACUGAAGUUGACCAAGACCAUGUGCGAAGGUGGUUGCAUCCAUGACGACACCAUGAAGGGUGUACCAUAUCGCAGUGCGGUCGGUGCGGUGAUGUACCUAAUGGUUGGCACUCGUCCAGAUCUCGCCGCUGCCGUAGGCACACUGAGCCAGUUCGCCGCCAAUCCGUGUCCGACCCAUUGGAAAUCCCUUAAGCGCGUGCUCCUGUACCUGAAAACGACUCCGAAGCACGGCAUUCGUUUCUCCGGCUCCAGCGACGGUGAGUUGAUCGGCUACUCGGACGCGGAUUGGGCUGGCGACAUUGAGACUCGACGCAGCACCAGCGGUUACGUGUUCGUGUUCAACGAAGGGUGCAUCAGCUGGCGCAGCAAGAAGCAGCGCACCGUGGCUCUUUCAUCGACUGAAGCCGAGUACAUGGCACUGUCGGAAGCAAUUAAAGAGGCAGUAUAG